AUGCAUGGCGAGAUGACCAGCGAGAAUUUGAGCCGAGCUUCCAAUCCGCCUUUCUGCCAGGCCGCUCGUAUCGAAUAUAACCAAAUCGCCGAAGAAGAAGCUACACUUGCACAGGCACGCUUUCAGGAUGUCUUUGGUGUUCUCGCAGAACUGGAUGGGAAACUGAGCACCAACCAGACUAUGAUUGCGCAUAUGAGAAUAAAGCACGACAAUGGUAUGAACGGCAUCACAGAAGCUGUCCCCAAACUUAACAAGCUGGUUCAGCCCGUUUUACAAGAAGCGCGGCCCUCCGCCCUUGAUCCUGGUCUGGUACCCGUGAAUCGGCAAUCCAAGGUCAGCGGUCUACAGAUUCUUCAAGCAGGGGCCUCUGCACUAGGGAUUCUGACGGGCGUCGUGACAUUUGUGGAAGAUUACAUCGUUGGGUUCGAGGCCACCCUUGGAAGCCAUACCAGCAUCCGAGCAUAA